GGAACCCAGCGUACACUUUUGUGCGCCUACGACGAUGUCUAGUUAUCAUGAUAGCGUGACGUGACGGAGGCAUUACUGCCUGUACUGCCUACAUGGACCUCAUCAUCGCUCCCUGAUAUGCACCCACUGGUCUGUACCAUGAUACCGGCACCAUCUCCAACGUCGUACCGUUGGAACAUAUGGUAUCGUCUUCUACCCAUUGUCUUCCUACCCGUCGGACGAUUUCAGACCCCAUCCACUCCUCGCUCUUUCGUCCCGUCGCCCAUUUCCGGGAUUGGUUUCAACUCAAAGGCUUCGACUCUUUGGUCUGCCCUCUCUCCUUCCUACCAAAUGCCCGUGCCGUCCCUCAUCGACGCUUGGUACACCUAGAAGAUAUUUCUCCCUCCUCACCGGAAUUCGCCUUUCAUGCCCCACGGCGUGCGCAACCUCCCAGGUCACUGGUUCACCUUUAUCCUCGCCACCUCCGCCUUCUGCUUAACUUCCUUCUCCCGCACUCGUCGGACGUCGAGGGGAAAACCUGCUACCGCUCGACUUCCACGAAGUCGAAGAACAGAUCCCCAGCAUUAUUGGCUCAUAAUAUCAGCGAUGUUGUCUGCCCUCAAGACACCCUCAUCAUCGGCUACGGAGGGGACAGAUACUGUCCUUCCGAUUCUUUCUCCCCUCACUCGUUACGGGGAGAAUGUUGCCAUCCCUUCCUAGUCUCACUAGCUUUUCGCCGCCAUCGUCGCCAGCGCCUAUUGUCCCAUCACUUUCUGUUUUUUUUCUGUCAUCCAGGUUUGCUUUUACGAGGCACGCGUCUCCUCCGCACUGGUUGAUGUGCCCAUUUCUCGUUCGCCUUUUGUUGGUCUUUGCCCCCCGCAAACUCAUACAUCAUACCGGUCGUGCGAUCCCAGCAUCGCCCUUUCGUCUGCCCAAUCAAGUGUUACUCUACCGUCGUCUGUCCUUGGCGUCUGUAUCGCCUCUUCCCUGUAAUCUUCUCAUGACACU